GCAAAGAUGUACACCAAGAAGAUCAACACAAAAAAUGACAUGCAGAACACGGUCACGAUGGCGUCGUUCCACGGCCACAGUCCGUGCGCCCCCGGACCGAUUCGAAUCCCGAACUCGCCCAUGCUGGAGUGCCGGCACCGCUACCUGGAGCAGAUGAAGACGACCUUCUCGACGGUGCAGGUGUCGUUCGUCAACACGACCUGCCCGAAGCCCCAGGAAUGCUUCUCGUCCAGCGAGUAUGGCGACAGUGUGUCCAAGACAGGGAAGGCCAUUGCUGACAGCUUCCAAGCGCCGCCGCCAUGCUGCGUCGUGGGACCGUGCUAUCCGUACUGCUUCUGAGUGUCUUCGAAAUUUUGAAUUGCCAAAUUUGUAGUUGAAACUUUGAACAAAUAAAA